AUGCAGAUGCUCCAGUUGGAGAAAAUUAAAUUCUCAAUCCGCGGAGUCAGUGACAAAUUUGACUCUGCCUGGCAGCCUUUCCGAUUGCACUUUGAGGAGAUUUUCUGGAGCCCCAUCUUGAGCAUCACAGACCCCAGGAACAAGCCAGAGGAACCGGCGACAGAACAAGAGAAAACAAGCACACAGCCAAAGCCACAGUUCAAUAUUUUCACAGUCAGAUCCAAAUGGGCUUCUCUUUGUACUCCACAAGGUCUUCCUCGUGUUGCCAUCCAGACUCAGAAGGCUUGGAUAGAGAAGACCUUUCACAAAAGAGAAUGCAUUCAUAUUUUUCCAAACAGCAAAGACCCGAGCAGGUGUUGCUGUGGCCAUUUAAUAGGGCAGCAUGUGGCCAUCCUUCCCGGCUGUACAACUAAUGAAAGUGCAGAGGAGAGCAGCCAGCUUGUGCAAGUGGAGCCCCAGCCAGAGAAAUGGUCCGUCAGCAAACACACGCAGACCAGCCCCACAGACGCCUAUGGAAUCAUCGAGUUCCAGGGAGGAGGCCACUCCAACAAGGCCAUGUAUAUCCGGGUAUCAUAUGACACCAAACCAGACAAUCUUCUUCAUUUGAUGGUCAAAGACUGGCAGCUGGAGCUUCCCACCCUCCUCAUCUCAGUUCAUGGAGGCCUACAGAACUUUGAUCUGCAGCCCAAACUCAAGCAGGUGUUUGGGAAAGGCCUGAUCAAGGCUGCCAUGACAACUGGGGCCUGGAUAUUCACUGGUGGAGUCAGUACUGGGGUGAUCCGCCAUGUUGGAGAUGCCUUGAAAGACCAUUCCUCUAAAUCAAGAGGGAAGGUCUGUGCCAUAGGAAUAGCACCCUGGGGCAUAGUGGAGAACAAAGAGGACCUCAUUGGAGCAGACGUAACAAGGCCAUACCAGACCAUGUCGAACCCCCUCAGCAAACUCUCUGUGCUCAACAGCAGUCACUCCCACUUCAUCCUGGCUGACAACGGCACUGUGGGGAAGUACGGGGCUGAGGUCAAACUGCGGCGGCACCUGGAGAAACACAUCUCCCUGCAGAAAAUCAACACCAGACUGGGGCAGGGAGUGCCUGUGGUGUGUCUCAUAGUGGAGGGGGGCCCCAACGUGAUAUCCAUUGUCCUGGAUAGCCUGCGGGAGGACCCCCCGGUACCUGUGGUGGUCUGCGAUGGCAGCGGCCGGGCCUCGGACAUUGUGUCCUUUGCUCACAAGUACUCUGAAGAAGCAGGGAUAAUUAGUGACAGUGUAAGAGAUCAGCUCCUUGUCACCAUUCAGAAAACAUUCAACUACAGCCGGAACCAGGCUCAGCAGCUCUUCAUGAUGCUGAUGGAGUGUAUGAAGAAGAAAGAGCUGAUAACAGUGUUCCGAAUGGGCUCGGAAGGACAACAGGACAUUGAGAUGGCGAUUUUGACAGCUCUGUUAAAAGGUACCAAUGCAGCAGCCCCAGACCAGCUGAGCCUGGCUCUGGCUUGGAACAGGGUUGAUAUUGCAUGCAGCCAGAUCUUUGUGUAUGGGCAUCACUGGCCGCGUCUGAACACCCUCUCAGCCACUGGUACCCCCAUUCAGGAGGAGAAGAGCCCAGCCGCCAGCACCAGGGCAGCCAAGGGGCCAGCCAGAGGCAAGGGCCGAGGAAAGAAGAAGGGCGGGAAAGAGAAAAAAGAGCCGGAAGAAGAGACCGAUCCCAGAAAGUUAGAAUUACUUAACUGGGUGAACUCCCUGGAGCAAGCCAUGAUGGAUGCGUUGGUUUUGGAUCGAGUGGACUUUGUGAAACUCCUGAUUGAGAAUGGGGUGAACAUACAUAACUUUCUCACUAUUCCACGGCUUGAGGAGUUAUACAACACUAGGCUAGGUCCUCCGAAUACUUUGCAUUUUCUAGUUAGGGAAGUUAAAAAGGGAAACCUGCCCCCAGAUUAUCACACCAGUCUGAUUGACAUCGGGCUAGUUCUAGAAUACCUCAUGGGUGGAGCCUACCGGUGCUACUACACGCGCAAGAGCUUCCGCAUGAUCUACAACAACCUGUUUGGACCAAAAAGGCCGAAGGCUCUUAAAUUUUUGGGAAUGGAGGAUGAGGAGACUCCUUCUAAAGGGAGGAAGAAGAAGAAGAAGAAGAAGGAGGAGGAGAUCGACAUCGACGUGGAUGACCCAGAGGUCAGCCGCUUUCAGUACCCUUUCCAUGAGCUCAUGGUGUGGGCAGUGCUGAUGAAGCGCCAGAAGAUGGCGCUCUUCCUUUGGCAGCGGGGUGAGGAGGCCAUGGCCAAGGCCCUGGUAGCCUGUAAGCUCUACAAGUCUAUGGCCCACGAGUCUUCUGAGAAUGUAAUGGUGGACGAUAUCUCACAGGACCUGGACAAUAAUUCAAAGGAGUUUGGUCAGCUUGCCUAUGAGUUGUUGGACCAGUCUUACAAACAUGACGAGCAGGUGGCCAUGAAACUGCUGACAUACGAACUAAAGAACUGGAGCAAUUCUACCUGCCUGAAGCUGGCCGUGGCAGCCAAGCACAGAGACUUUAUUGCACACACCUGCAGUCAGAUGCUGCUGACAGACAUGUGGAUGGGGUGCCUGCGAAUGCGCAAGAACCCAGGCCUGAAGGUCAUAAUGGGAAUUGUCUUCCCGCCUACCAUCCUGUUCCUGGAGUUUCGAACCAAUGAGGACCUCUCUUACCAGACCUCUGAAGAACAGGAGGAUGGGAAGGAGAAGGAAGAAGAGAACACAGUCAGUAAGGAUGGGAAUGUGGACACUAGUUCCAAGAAAGGAGAUGAAGAGCAAGGAGACAAAAAACAGAGAAGAGUUCCGAUUGGGACAAAGAUCUAUGAGUUCUACAACGCUCCCUUCACCAAGUUCUGGUUCUAUACGAUCUGUUACAUGGGCUAUCUGAUGCUUUUCAAUUACAUCAUUCUGGUGAAGAUGGAACGCUACCCAACACUUCAGGAAUGGAUAGUAAUCUCAUACAUCUUGACACUGGCUUUAGAGAAAAUACGAGAGAUUCUGAUGUCUGAGCCAGGCAAGCUAAAGCAGAAGAUCAACGUCUGGUUGCAGGAUUACUGGAACAUCACUGACAUGGUGGCUAUCUCAGUGUUUUUGAUGGGGCUGCUCCUCAGGCUGCAGAGUCAGCCAUACAUGGGCUACGGGCGCGUCAUCUACUGCGUGGACAUCAUCUUCUGGUACAUCCGGGUGCUGGAUAUCUUCGGGGUGAACAAGUACCUGGGGCCCUAUGUCAUGAUGAUUGGGAAGAUGAUGGUGGACAUGCUGUACUUCGUGGUGAUCAUGCUGGUGGUGCUGAUGAGUUUCGGCGUGGCACGGCAGGCUAUCCUGCACCCAGACGAGGAGCCCACCUGGAGGCUGGCUCGGAACAUCUUCUACAUGCCUUACUGGAUGAUCUACGGAGAGGUGUUUGCGGAUCAGAUAGACCUAUACGCUAUGGAAAUUAAUCCUCCAUGCGGAGACAAUCUGUUCGAUGAGGACGGAAAACGCUUCCCCCCCUGCAUCCCUGGAGCUUGGCUCACUCCUGCCAUCAUGGCGUGCUACCUGCUGGUGGCAAACAUCCUGCUUGUAAACCUACUCAUCGCUGUCUUCAACAACACCUUCUUUGAGGUCAAAUCCAUCUCCAACCAGGUGUGGAAGUUCCAGCGUUAUCAGCUGAUCAUGACCUACCAUGACAGACCGGUGCUGCCUCCCCCGCUCAUUAUUUUCAGCCUCAUCUAUAUUGUAAUUAAACGCAUUUGCUGCAUCUGCAAGCAAAGGAGCGAGAGAGAACUGGAUGAGCGGGACAGAGGACUAAAGCUGAUCCUGUGUGAAGAGGAACUAAAGAAGCUGUAUGAGUUUGAAGAGCAGUGUGUGGAAGAAUACUUCCAAGACAAGGAAAACAAGGAACAUUCAUCCAGCGAUGAGCGCAUCAGAGUGACAUCAGAAAGGGUUGAAAACAUGUCAAUGCGCCUGGAGGAGAUAAACGAGAGGGAGCACUUCAUGAAGGCAUCCCUCCAGACAGUGGACCUCCGCCUAGCGCAGUUAGAGGAGUUCUCAGGAAGGAUGGUGAAUGCGAUGGAGAAGCUGGCGGGUAUCGACAAGGCUGAGCUGACCCACACACACUCCAGAGCCUCUUCAGAGUGUGACCCGGCCUUCCUCCUCAGACAGAGCAGCAUCAACAGCUCCGACGGCUACAGUAUGUACAAGUACUACCUCGAUGGAGGAGAGGACCACCCCUGCGUGGAGAUGGGAGCCACCUUGUCACCAUCCAUGCAGAGGAAAUCUUUUAAAACCAAGGAAGAGAAGGAAGCCAUAGGUCAAACGAUGCAGCUGACCCCAUCCAGCGCUACUGCUGUGACCACAAAGGACACCAGUCAAACCUCAGAAAUCAUCCAAGAUACUAAAAGACCAAGCUCCUGUGUGGACAUUGUGAUUCCUACAUCUAGUGACCAGGAAAUUCAGUCAGGGACUGAAGAUCUGCAAAGACAACCAAAGCCUCCAGAAGCCAUAGCAAAUGGCCAAUCUGCUCUAGUGUCAGGGAACACAGGCUUGACUGUAGAAAGAGCAAAGCUGGAGGCCACCAUCUCUUACCCCUUGGAAAGGUCUAAAGCCAUGUGGUACUAUCCUUCUCAAACCUUUAGCACCUCACCGGACACACUGAAGUCCAGAAGUAGUUUUAUAUUCACUCCAGCAGAGGGCAUAUCUGGUGGAGGAAGUGAUUGGACAACAGACUAUAGUUCUUUAAUGAACCAGAUGAGUCAAUCAGCCGUUGGACAGUGGACAGCUUGUUUGGAAUAUAAGCUUCAUUCGAGUCCCUAUGGCCAGCCUCCAAGAGUCUCCAUUCAAAGGCCGGUUGACGAGCCAGAGUUUGUGUCAGAUUCUGAAAGGCAGGUUAAGCAGCCAGUCACGGACACAGAAGAUGAGACAGGUGCCAACACGCCUUUGGCCGAUAGGGCAGACCCAGAUAGUUCUCUAUUGGUGGUAGAGGACAGGAUGUAUCCAUCACUCAGGUCGAAGAGUUUGAAUAGCAAACCUGUAAAAGUGAAAUGCAUGGGGGACAGCAGGGAUAAGCUCAGACCUACCAGCAGCGUCAAGGACAUUGUGGUGGCAUGCGGCAGUGCAGCAGAAGAUCAAGAGGCAGAAACCAAGACAGAGGACGGUCUCAAGGAGAAGCAAUCAACAGAAACAGAUUGCUAAUUCAAAGUGUGGCUGCUCGGUCAUAGUCAAAACCAAUAUGACCAUGUUACUGAAAUAUAACAAUACUGAAGUGGUAACACUCCUUUGGAUAAUACACUAUAAAUAGGGACCUACCUAAAUCGCGAUUUCGAGGAUUUCGCGGAAAUCGUGAAAUUGAGGGGUCACCGUGAAAUUCACCUCUUAGGGAACAAUGCAUACAAACAAGUACAGAGAGGAAAAAAAAAAGAAACCGCGUUUGAACUACUGCACAACGCAAGUGACGCAAACUACGUAUCUUCCUUGUUUAGAUAGCCCGUUUUUAUUCCUUCGCCAUCCCAUGUGCAUUGCACUUAAGCAAAAAACAAACAAACAAAAAACGUCCACAAAUAACAUUUACACAAAAAAAUCUCCAAAGCAGUUAACGUUCUUGUUUACUAUUCAAAUGACAAAGUUUUAAUCAGCCUAUCAGUGCGUCUUUACUGCUUUUAUGUGAUCUGUAGUACUGUGCAGUAGGGGAUGGGAUAAGGUUGGUGCUGCAUUGUUUUGAUUUAUGUUGCUUAAAUCUAGUUUUCAGCAUUGGAGGUAAAAUAGUAGAAAUGGACGACAAAAAAAGCAAAGCAUAUUUCGGAUGAUGAUCGUUUCAAGAUAUUUCCCAGAGAAACUGUACAUGCAGACUGAGGUAAUUGUUUUCCAUAUCUUAAUGUGUAUUUGGAGAAAAUACGAUCGAUCGCUAUUUAGCUUCAGAAUCACACAUUAAACAAAAGGCUACCACAGAGGCUGCUGAACAGAACGUAAAAUAAACAGCUUUCAGAAACCAAACUGGAAAGUCAGCCCAGACAAAAAGUAUUCCUGUCUGCAAGUUAAUUCAGUACUAAAAUGUAUGGGCAAGUCAACUGCAGGGGGAUGCUGCAUACUCGCCUUUAACAAAUGACAGCACUCUGUUUUAGUACGGAAGCAAGUACCACUAUCUUUAGGCUUUAUAGUGUCAUGAAAUACCGUCUACUUAGGUUUAUUUAAUGUUUAAACAUGUCCGCGAAAUCCUAAUUUUAUUCCGCAACAUACCCGUGAGAAAUACGUAAAUUUACCGCGAUGUAAGUAGACCACUAACUAUAAAAGUAUACACAUUGAGAACAGAUGUAUAAUGGAGACAAUGUGUCCCUUCUUUAACAGCAAAUUCUGCUAACAAGUAUAUUUUAUUGAAGUUUAUCUCUUAAAGACAAUUGAAAUAUGCCUUUGUUUGACUUCACUUUUACAGUUUUUUGUAAAAAAAAACCAAGCAGAACAAUAACUGCAAGAGCUAAUUUCACCAAACACAUUAAUUUGAAUAGUGUUAUUAUAUUUCAGGAGGGAAAUGCAGCUUUUGCCUUUACCCAAAAAGGAUCUCACUAAUACAACAAUACAUUACUAAAUGGGUCUGUGAAAACACUCCUUAAAGGCAUCAGCUACAGCACCAGCAGGGACCUACGGUGGUGAUGGCACUAGGAUGUUAUUGCAUAUCAUUGCUAUGGUUACUAGAGUACAAAUGUUACAGCGCCACCUGCUGACCAAAAUAAGUCUCUCAUGAUCUGUUAAAGAAACUCACAAAAAGCAUGAAGUGUGAUGUGUUUAUAGAUUAUGGGGGAAAAAAGAAAAAACAUUUACAACAAAUGAAAGAAAUACAUUACAAAGUACAUUUCAUUAUGCAUUCUUUACUUGAGAUGCACAUUAAUGCAGAAAAAAAAAAUUCCACACUUAACAAAACCAAGAUUUAUUUAUUUCUUACGCAAUAUCAGUACACAUUAUGAACAGGUUUGUGUGUUAAACACUUGACACGGUCUUUAAUUCCAUUCAUUUUCUGGCGCUUUCUGGAACGUCAUGAUAACAAGCUGCUAAUAAAUGUGCUUUAAAGAAAAAAAAA